CUCCUUCUCAUAAACAAAACAAAAACUAAUUUCCUUCUCCACUCCUCACAAAUUUUACAAGACCAUACCAUCAUUAACCAUGGAAUUCAAACAAGACCCAUCCCCAAUUCCAUCUUCAACAAAUUCCCAUCAAAAUAAUCAUCCUAAUCCACAUUCCCCAUCAAUGGCUACCAAAAAGAGGAAGGCAGGACGGAAGAAGUUCCAGGAGACGCGACAUCCUGUGUACAAUGGUGUCCGGCGAAGAAAUGGGAAGUGGGUCAGUGAAUUAAGACAACCCUACAAUAAUAAGUCGAGGAUAUGGUUAGGAACAUUUCCAUCACCUGACAUGGCCGCUAGGGCUUAUGACGUAGCAGCUUUUGCAUUACGAGGAGAUUCUGCUUCCUUAAACUUUCCUGAAUCAGUUCAUUUGUUGCCUCAGGCUAGAUCUACUUCUAUAAAGGAUAUUCAGUAUGCAGCUCUGGAAGCUGCUGAUCAGAGUGUUAGUGGUGGUGGUGGUGGUGGUAGUGAUGUUGAUCAUCUGUUUCAAUGUUCUUCUUCUUCUCUAUCUUUUUGUUCCUCGACUAUAGAAGGAAGUGACAAUGUUGGGAAAGAUUGGAAUAAGAAUAUGAAUAUGUUUUUGGAUGAAGAGGAGUUGUUUAACAUGCCUGCAUUACUCGAUAGCAUGGCAGAAGGGUUAAUUCUUACUCCACCAGCCAUGAAAAAAGGUUUCAAUUGGAACAACGUAGAAGACGACCCUGUCGAUUUGUUUUUCUGGACCGAUUGAUUGUUUGCAUUCUCUGCAAUUAAUAUUUGAAAUAAAGACCUCAGAAUACUUUCAAAUUACAGUACUAUAACUUAUCUUAUAUAAGUUCAUGAUGGAACUAAUGUACCCAUGGAGAGUUUAUAAUAUUAAUGAUGAAGAGAGUGAAAUGGCAAGACAGACUAUAUAUAUAUAUAAUCUUUCUGUGACAGAGAUAUUAAUUACCGUCCAAUCUAGA